AUGGCAUAUUUGGCUACGAUGGACCCUGAUGACUUUAUCGACUUCUCCGACUGCAUCGACAGCGUAACUGUUCCAAAAGAGUCAUGUGAAUCUUGCAUUCAGCAGCACAUUCACUGCCAGGUGACGCCAGAGAGUAAUACAUCCUCGGGAACCUGCACGUCUUGCAUGAGAGUCGGAAGAGUCUGUUCCUUGGCAGCUACACGGGAGGGAGCUAUUGAGACUCAAACACGGGCAUCCUCCCAAGAUCAUCAGAACAUGCUGCAGCAGCUUGCAGGACACACAUACAGCAGAUCAGACUCCAGCUUCACAAUCAACGAAUCACAGGGUGAAGAUGCCACAGAUGUUGUGGAAAGAAAAUCCAAAGCAGGCGCCAGAUUCUCCCGAGACACACUCCGGGUUCUCAGAAACUGGCUAACAUCCAACCACCGCCAUCCCUACCCCAGCAACGAAGACAAGGAGACUCUCGCGCGUCAGACGGGCUUGAACAAGACACAAAUCGGCAACUGGAUUGCAAAUGCCCGUCGCAGAGGAAAAGUCCGGGCGCCUCGCUCUACAUCAUCCAGUCCGGGUCGACUUCCGAUCGGUAUCGACAUUCCACCGAGAGUCGCCCCCCUCACGAGAGAGAUGAGCCCGAUGGAGCGAUGGCGAAAUUCCCCGCCAGACCAAGAGCCGGCCUCGAUAUCUGCCAUUGCUACAGCAGUUUCAUCUUCAGACUUUUCAGGCGGAGCGAACUACAGGAACACGAGCAUCGACGAUGGCUUAGCGGGCUCUAUAGAUCGUCUUUCAUCCGCUGGCAGCUCGAGAACAUCGCAUUCCAGCAAUGGAUCGCUUAGCACGGUCAACUCUCACAACUCUCGCGAAUCUCUGGUAUCUCUACCCUCACUGAAGAGUGGCGGCAGACGUCGCCGGCGCCGACAGACUUCCAAGGCCGUCAAUAUCUCGUCCAUGCUUCCCACUAUACAUACAUAUCAGUGCACCUUCUGCACUGAAACCUUCAAGACGAAGCACGACUGGCAGAGACACGAGAAGUCGCUACACUUGUCUCUUGAACGGUGGAUAUGCUCGCCGGACGGGCCAAUCCAGUUCUGCGCCGAAUGGAAUUGCCUAGCAUGCGUCUUCUGCGGACUGAAGAACCCAACUCCGGAGCAUGCCGAGCAGCACAAUGACUUUGUGUGUGCCGAAAAGUCGGAGCAAGAAAAGACAUUCUACCGAAAGGAUCAUCUACGCCAGCAUUUGAACAUUGUUCAUGAUGCCAAGUUCCAAAAAUGGCCCAUGAAUGAUUGGAAAGUCGCGACACCACCGGUGCGAUCUAGGUGUGGUUUCUGCGGGUUGCUACUCGCUUCCUGGGAUGCGCGCGUCGGGCAUCUUGCUCAGCACUUCAAGAAUGGCAAGUCCAUGGCGGACUGGAGAGGCGACUGGGGAUUCCAGGAAGAAAUACUGAGAAUAGUUGAGAACGGAAUGCCGCCAUAUCUCAUCCAUCACGAGCGAAAUACACUUGACCCGUUCGAAGCUUCCAGAGGCGAAAUCAGAUGUGGCAAGGACUUGGAAGACUAUGUCAAGCUUUGGCUUGUUGACUAUGUCAAUGACCGUACUGUGUCCGGCAUGUCGAUCACAGACGGUCAACUGCUCCUUGAGGCUCAGAGAAUCGUCCAGAAGGUUGACACAGAAGACACCUCGCCUACGGGACCUGCUGUAUCAUGGUUUCGCGAUCUUAUCAUGCUCCAUGGUCUUUCUCGUGACGCAACAAACGAGGGACCCUAUACGACUCCGAAGACUGCGGCCUGGACAGCCCAAAUUGAGAAAUUGCACGCGUCCAAGUGUGCGAAUUCCGAUUUGGGCACUCUUGGAUGCGAAAAGGAGAAGAUGCUGCUGCAAUAUGUCAAGUCCAGGCGGACAUUCGGCCAAACGCCCACAGAUGCUGAGUUGCAGUUUCAGGCAUGCAGGAUCCUGGAGGAUGUCGAGCCCAAGUCAAACUUCAAAUGCCAAGAGGCCGUGCAAUGGUUCAAGUUCUUGAUCAACUCUUCGACCCACUGGCUCUCCGACUUCAAGCGCCGGGCAGGAAACCUGGCUGCAGCUGGUCAGUUCGAAACCUCGACAGCUGGUGCUGUCGUUUCCCUUCAAGCAUUACACUGGGGUGUCUCCAACGAGAGCAUCAAUCACACCUCACCAAUGACUGCGAAGGACUCUCUGCCUUCAUCCUCGAUAGAAACGCCAAAGUCCACCAACUCCCAGAGUCAGCCGUUACGCUAUUUUCUCAGCGAUGCAAACUGUUACGGGCGGCUAGAAAAGGAACUCACUCGAUUCGUCACCAGCUGUCUCAGUCCAAACAACCCGCUUCAACAUAUCCCUACAGAUGAAGAACUCCAAUAUCAGGCCCGCUGGAUAAUCUAUGAUGAUGACGAUCCUUGGAAUCAAACCGCUGCCGACAAUGCCGAGUGGCUGGCUCGAUUCAAACGCGACACCGGUCUUGUCACCUCUGACGGAGUCAACGGCCUGGCAGCAACUGGUCCUCCUCGCCCAUGGAGGAUAAAAGACGGCGGAACAGGGUUCAUGCCGCCGUUCGUGAAGCCCAAGGCCGGCGCCACGAUAGAGGUUACAGAAGAUUCACCCGUAUACAUUGACUAUCGGUUGUACAAUGUGGGCAAAGAUACAGCGGAGCGGUAUAUUCGUGCCCUUUGUGACGGGGAGUAUCAACCUCCUCCCUCAGUAUUCUGCUCGCGCGAGCUUGAAUACGGGUUGAAUGCUUACAUCGAAGAAUGCAUCACGAAGCUAUAUGUGCCUUCAGACGACGACUUGCGGUCCAAGGCACGUGAAAUAUUAGGCGUGGAAAGCACUGCUGCUGACGACCCAAGGCUGCUUGAGGCGUUCAAAGCAAUGCAUGUGCUUUGGCAUACGCAAAUCAACGACAUGACGGACUUCAUGCCAGAGGGGCAUGUGGAUGCUGAUAAUAUGGGCUCUAUGGGCUCUAUGGGUGCGAAUGGCUGGGAAGUUGAUGUUGAGCAGAUGAGUGCUUUCGAUCUACUUUCGAGUCCACGUUAA